GGUUACUCCUGCUCUCCCAGGGGGCCCAGAGUGGGCCGUGGCCUAGGCCUUUACCAUGGAGUCCAUGUUUGAGGAUGACAUCAGCAUCCUGACCCAGGAGGCCUUAGGGCCCAGUGAGGUGUGGUUGGAUGGCCCCGGAGACCCCUCACUGGGGGGAGACAUGUGCUCUGCCUCCCACUUUGCCCUCAUAACGGCUUAUGGAGACAUCAAGGAACGGCUAGGAGGCCUGGAGAGGGAGAAUGCCACCCUCCGCCGCCGCCUCAAAGUCUACGAGAUCAAGUACCCACUGAUCAACGACUUUGGAGAGGAGCACGGCUUCUCUCUGUAUGAAAUCAAGGAUGGCUCCCUGCUAGAGGUUGAGAAGGUCAGUCUGCAGCAACGGCUCAACCAGUUCCAGCAUGAGUUGCAGAAGAAUAAGGAGCAGGAAGAACAGCUUGGGGAGAUGAUCCAGGCUUACGAGAAACUCUGUGUGGAGAAGAGUGAUCUGGAGACGGAGCUGGGGGAGAUGCGGGCCCUGGUAGAGACCCACCUGCGGCAGAUCUGUGGUUUGGAGCAGCAGCUGCGGCAACAACAAGGCCUCCGGGACACAGCCUUCCCCAGCCUGAGCCCUCCUCCACAGGCCCCAGUUCUGUCCUGUGCUGACCUGGACCUGCACUACCUGGCACUGAGAGGGGGACCUGGCCUGAGUCACGCGGGCUGGCCGGGCCCCUCGCUGAGUGUGAGUGAGCUGGAGCGGCGGCGGCUGGAGGAGGCUCUGGAGGCAGCCCAGGGAGAGGCUCGAGGGGCUCAGCUCCGAGAGGAACAGCUCCAGGCGGAGUGCGAGCGGCUCCAGGGAGAGCUGAAGCAGUUGCAGGAGACCCGGGCCCAGGAUUUGGCCUCUAACCAGUCAGAGCGGGACAUGGCGUGGGUAAAAAGAGUUGGGGAUGACCAGGUGAACUUGGCGCUGGCCUACACGGAGUUGACAGAGGAGCUGGGCCGGCUUCGGGAGUUGAGUUCCCUUCAGGGGAGGAUCUUGAGGACGCUGUUGCAGGAGCAGGCCAGGAGUGGCGGCCAUAGGCACUCGCCGCUGUCCCAGCGCCACUCCCCAGCCCCCCAGUGUCCCUCCCCCUCCCCGCCAUCCCGAGCAGCGCCCCCGUGCCAGUCCCCGGCCCCCCAGCGGCGCUCCCCGGUACCCCCGUGCCCCUCGCCCCAGCAGCGCCGGUCGCCAGCCUCGCCCUCCUGUCCGUCGCCCGUCCCUCAGCGCCGCUCCCCGGUACCGCCGCCGUGCCAGUCCCCCAGCCCGCAGCGCCGCUCGCCGGUACCUCCCGCCUGUCCGGCCCCGCAGCCGCGGCCCCCGCCGCCUCCGGUGCCCGGGGAGAGGACGCUGGCCGAAAGGGCCUACGCCAAGCCGCCCAGUCACCACGUGAAGGCGGGCUUCCAGGGCCGGCGCAGCUACUCGGAGAUGGCGGAGGGCGCGAGCUACGUAGGCGCCUCCGCGCCCUGGCUGCAGGCAGAGGCGGCCACGCUGCCCAAGCCCCGGGCCUACGGCGGCGACCUCUACGGCCCCGGGCGGCCCCUGAGCCCGCGACGCGCCUUCGAGGGCAUCCGGCUGCGCUUCGAGAAGCAGCCGUCGGAGGAGGAGGAGUGGGCCGUGCCCGCCAGCCCACCCAGUCCCGAGGCAGGCACCAUCCGCUGCGCCUCGUUCUGCGCGGGCUUCCCCAUCCCCGAGUCGCCGGCUGCCACCGCCUAUGCCCACGCCGAGCACGCGCAGUCCUGGCCGUCCAUCAACCUGCUGAUGGAGACGGUAGGCUCUGACAUCCGCAGCUGUCCCCUCUGCCAGCUGGGCUUUCCUGUUGGGUACCCAGAUGAUGCCCUCAUCAAACACAUUGACUCCCACCUGGAGAACAGCAAGAUCUAG